GAGAGCCGGAGCGAGGAGAGGGGCCAGGAGGACGCGUGACCAGCUCACCCAGCUGAUCCAGGCUGAGCUCCUCCCGAGCGAGCGAGCGAGCAAGCGCGCAGGCCGGGUGAGGCCGAGGCAGCUUUGGAAAGUGAAAGCAAGCAUCGGGCAAAGCUGAGCUCCGUUUCCCGGCUUGCCUCCGCCCCUCGGAGCCGGGAGGCGCCCCUUUGGAGAAGGAGGAGGAGGAGGCGUCACCACCCCACCCCGCGCUUUCUCCCGGGCUGGGCAUCUUUGCGCUGCUGAGUGGCCGAGCGUUUGCUCCCUUCUCCUGGCCUACUGCAAGUCCCCGGACUCCGGCGAGCCUCUUUCCCAGCCAACGAUGAAGCGGGUCUGCCUUAUCACGCUGGGCAUGCUGGCGCCGGCCUUCCUGAUCGCCGGCAUCGCCCUCCUGGCGGCCCACACCAUGGAGAACCUGGUAGACGCGCAGAUCAAGCAGGGAUCAGUCCUAAGAAAUAAUUCGGAAACUUUUGAAUACUGGGAGAAUCCUCCAAUACCCCUUCUCCUGCAGUUCUAUUUUUUUAACUUGACUAAUCCUUUGGAAGUGCUUCAAGGGGAAAUCCCUAUUGUCAAGGAAGUUGGCCCCUACAGCUACAGGGAGUGGAAAUGGCGACGGGAUGUGCACAUUCUGGAGAAUGGCUCAAAAGUGUCCUCUUUUCAGCCAACCUCUUACUACUUUGAGCGAGAGCUGUCUGUGGGUGACCCGGAAGUGGAUCGGAUCCGGACAGUAAACUUGCCUGCAGUGGUGGCCAUGAAUAUGGCUCGUAGAACGCCUUUCACUUUUCCUGCAGAGCUGAUGCUGCUGGCUUACCAAGAGGACAUGUUCACCAUCCAUACAGUUGAUGAGAUUUUAUGGGGAUACACGGAUAAGUUCCUCAAGGCGGUGAACAAGUUUUUCCCUGAGGUCGAUCCGAUUUUCGGCUAUUUUAAACAGAUGAACGGGACCGAUGAUGGUGAAUAUGUCAUGUUAUCUGGAGAAAAUAACUACCUGGACUUCACAAGAGUAAUUGAAUGGAAUGGCAAAGACAAGCUAGACUGGUGGACAACACCCAGCUGUAAUAUGAUCAAUGGAACAGAUGGAGGGACUUUCCACCCACUGAUCAGCAAAGAUGACACAAUCUAUAUCUUUUCUACAGAUUUCUGCAGGUCUAUAUAUCUAAACUUUGAGAAAGAGUUAACCGUUUUGGGAAUUCCAACUUACCGGUUUACCCCUCCCUUGAAAAUCUUUGCCAAUGUCUCGGUUAAUCCAGACAACGCUGGGUUUUGUGUCCCUGCUGGCCACUGUCUGGGGUCUGGAAUCCUGAAUGUUACCGCUUGCAAACAAGGGGCACCAAUAUUCUUAUCGCUCCCACAUUUCUUCCGUGCUAAUGAUACCUACGUCAAGUCGGUGGACGGCAUGCAUCCAAAUAAAGAGAAUCACGACACGUUUCUUGAUAUUAACCCACUGACGGGAGCUUUGGUGCGGGCGAACAAAAGAAUGCAAAUCAAUGUUUAUGUUGAAACACUCCCCCAAUUUAUUCAAACAGGGAAAAUCAGAAGAAUGCCCUAUCCAGUGAUGUAUGUGAAUGAGAGUUAUAUGCUGGAUGAUAUGAAUGCAGGAAAACUCCGGGCUGUUUUGCUUGAAUCCAAUCUGGUCCAAGCUGUCCCAUUCAUCGUGUUGGCACUAGGAAUUAUUUGUGGAGCAGUGGUUCUGGGAGUCACCUAUUGGCCCAGAGGGAAAAAAGAGGAGCUUGGUGUUUUUACAUAUUCUUGGGAAAGGAACAAGAGUACCGUUGAUGAAAGAGCUCCACUUAUCCGGACUUAGCCCGAUUUCCCUAACCACACACCACGUGUACAAAAAAGAGCUUCACGAUGAUGACUGAACAGGGCAAACAUUUUUAACUGCCACCACAAUCUACCACUUCAACAGCUCCCUUGAAGUAAUCCUCUCUUUAGCAUUUAGUAACCAUCUGCUUCUGAGGAAGGAGGGCAUUUGUAAGCUAAAUCUGAACUGAGGGCAGAAUUGCAGGCUUAAUAAGGGUUAGUUGGACCCCAUUUGCCGCUGCUUUCCCAGCGCGUGAAACUAGCAGUAUUUCACUACAAUUGCGUUAUUUGUUGGACUUCUGGAAUUGCACCUGCAGCUGGAUCCCUGUUGGCUUAUAGGAGGUGCCAUGAAAGAGGACGUCAACCUUGAUAUCCUUGUUAAUUUAGGAGGUUUGCUAGCACAGCCUUGUCCUGCCGUAAUUUGAUUUCUUGGUGAAUCUUACGGGCCAGAUCUACUCAGGAGUUUUACUUUUCACCUAGUGUAAAUCUUUGCACUGGAAAAGGACAAAAAAAAAAAAAAAAGAGGAAUAAUUCUGCAUACAAUUUUUCUACAAUUUUCCAUUUUUGUUCAGGCCGUCAGAUGUCCCAUUCACUGUUUGUUUUUUAAAGUUUCCUUUUGAGGUAAAGUCUCAGAUUGGCUUUUACCAACCUGGCACCCUUUUUAGAGAACACCAAAUUGAAGUAGGCUGGCUCAGGUAUUCGAUAGUGAAUUCUCUCCUAUUUCUGUAUCUAUGGAAAUAGAGUUUAAAAGAUCCAGCCUCUAGGCCAAAAGAUGUAUUGGGAUUCUAAUUAUUAUUAUUUUUUUUAAAGCACACACACAAAGUAUGUUUGAAGGAGCCAUCUCUUACAAACUGGACAUAUUUUCCAAGAAUACAAAUCUCCAUUUGUGAAGGUUGUUUUCCCUCCCCCCCCCUCUCUCUCUCGUGUCUCCUUUAAAAGUGAUUUGGGAAUAACGGAUUUAUUUUCUAAAUCCGGCUUUUCAAGAUCUAAAGGCUGCUCCCUCAGAGGCAUCCAGAUGUGCAGUGAUUUCCCCCUUCAACCCAGGAGAGAGAAGGGAUCAGAGUCUCCACCGUUACAGCCAAAAUGGAAUUGAAACCCUGCGGGCCGAAGCCUCUGAUUGUCAAGUUAACGUGCUUGUUUUGAGGGAAAAAAGGGAAGCUUUACAUGAUCAUUCAUUUGCACUGGAGGGAAUGAGAAGGGAGCCGACGUCUUUGUUGAGGGAACUGCACUGAUUUGGUGAAGGGAUGCUGGAAUCCUUUUUUGGGAUGGUCCUAAAAGUGAAAAGUAGUAGCCAGUAAUUUUGGUAGUAGCAUCUGGCUAACCCUGCUUGGGAACAUACAUUGUGCUUGAUCAUUCGGAGAGGAGAUGACAAGGAAAAACCAAGACAUAUUAUGGAAGUUGGGAAAACAAAUUCUGGAAGAAAGUGACGGCAAACUAUAUUUUUCCCAGGAAAACAACUUGGAUGUCCAUGAAGACACCAGGAGUCAAACUCAACUUGAACACCAUUUUUUUUCCUAUUAAGGAAGCAGUGAAAACAGAUGCUGUGUCCUGAUACUUCUCUGUCCUUCAUUUCUGUAGUGUAGGGGUAGGCAACCUUGGCUCUUUUAUGACUCGUGGACUUCAACUCCCAGAAUUCCUGAGCCAGCCAUGCUGAGGGGAAAGGGAGGUUUCCAAGUUGAGCCAUGCUGGCUCAGGAAUUCUGGGAGUUGAAGUCCACGAGUCAUAAAAGCCAAGGUUGCCUAACCCUGCUGUAGUGUAUCACUUGAAUUAUUACCUGAAGUCUCACUACGAUACUCAUAGUUCCCAAAUGUCCAAUUAUUGGAAUUCUACUGUUAGAAAAGAAAUGGUUCCUUGAAUUUGCAAUCUUAAAAUUCUCCCGUUGGAUUAGGAUAGAUUCCCAUGGCUUUUGCUGUAUCCAUUGUAUUCCUUUAAUUAAUCUUUAAAAAAUGGUUUUCCUGGAUCCUACUCAGUAUCCCUUAGCCUGGGCGUUUCAUUACCAGUUGUGCCAGGUAGAGUCCUGGGAAGUUAACCAAGCUUGAAGGUGACGUCUGUGGUAGAAUUAAUCUAAGAGAUCAGAGGUACAUGCUUUACAAACCUACAAUGGUGGUUUUCUCUGAGGUUGGGCAAAUUAUGCAACCUAACGUUUGAGAAAUUAAAGUCUGAAUAUCAACAUUUUUUCAGCUCAGAAGUGAAAAUGUCAUAUUACGGUGCAAAAAGUUCUUGCAGGAAGGGAGACAGUUUUGAAUAUUUGCGGAGACAAGGAAAAAGCAUUUAAUAAUAUAUUGCAGUCUUAGGAGCCCAGUAGUUCUACUACACAAUACCGUAGAUCAAGAUUGUGGACCUGGUCUAUUCUGCAUGGAUAGCUUUUAGCCUAGGAGUGAUAUAACUGGCAGAUUAUAGGCACAGUGAAAUUACUCUUGCUUUCAAAGGAGAGUCCUCUGUCACAAUUACAAAAAAAAUGGCCUUUGGAAAAGUUGGCCUGCUAGUCUCUUUAGGGUCCUUGGUGCUCUCUGAGCUUGGUUGUUUUCUUGUGGACGUUUCAUUGCCCAACUAGGUAACAUCAUCAGUGCUAGAAGGGAGUGGGGUUUGUUCUCUGUUUAUAUAUAGUUGGCUAGUUGGAUAGUGAAACAUUGGCAAGAAAACCACCAAGCUCAGAGAGCACCAAGACCCUCAAGUUUCAAAUAUUUUCUUCUGUUUGUUAGUCUCUUGCUUUUGAUCUGUUAAAAACUAGAUGUGAUCACAUAUGGGAUUAGUAAUUGACUCUCUGGGUAGCAGCUUUCAAUAUGCAAGGUUUGUAAUAGCUGUUAAUAAAGCAAAGGGUUAGUUUCUCCUCUUUUCAAAAAGAUUAGACAAUUUAAGACAAUUUGCAGGGGAAAACCACAACUGGAUUUUGGUACAGGACUGAGCUGCUUGUGAAGUCAGAACAAAUCGAAUCUCAAGGACCUAAAUGUGCUUGGAAUGUUGCUUAUUUAAUUUUAAACAUCUUUUUAUAGCUGGCUAUAAUUGAUGGAUGGUUGGGGGUUUCUUGUUAAGAAAAAAACAACAUUAAAGUCUCCCUACUCUUGAAACCGAUAUAACUGACAAAUGUGUGUGCUGCUGAAGAUGAUGGAUAUAUUUAAAAGCCAGACUUUAGGAUCUAGUAGUCCCAAAUAGAUUUUCCUAUUUUUGAUGGUCAAGGCAAUUGCUGCUGGUACUUAAGGCCUAGUUGCUUCCCUUGCACAAAUUUAGAGAUGAUGGGCACCAUUUGCAAGUUGCUUGCCAUUGUUUCUGCUCUUGACAUUGAGGCUCACCCCAAGUUCCCAGGAAUUUGCAGGUUCCUUGUAAUCCAACUGGACAUAACUACCAAUAUGAGUCCUGCAGUUGCACAAGUGUGGAUGUGUGCAUUGACCAACGUACCGUCUUGGGCUGAAACCAUUAGACUGCUCUCUUUAAAAUGAUUCAAGUCCUCUUCAAUUAUACAAGCCAAGAUCCGGCUGAAUCACAUUUAUCUAAUGCUUCUCUUAACUCAGAAAGAGCUUCUGACGUCUCUGUAUUCUACAAGUUGCACCAAGUACACUAGUAUUAACUCCUUUAGAAGAUGGGAAGCUAAGAUUGUGCCAUAGCUGCUUUUCCAUGGUUGUGUUAUUGAGUUGAUGACAAGCGCUGGCCUUAAAAACAGUCUUGUGUCUCCCUGAAGACUAACACACUUUUAUGGCAUGUUGGAACUAUUCAAGCAGUAAAAGAUGUUUUUGUUGUUUC